AUGUUUUCACUUUCCUUUCUAAUGGUGACAACACUCUGUUGCUGUGAGCUAGUUUCAUUUUCAAAUGCAUCUUCUUCGAGUGCCUUUAGCUGUUCCAAUAAUGGCAAUGUAUUGGCGCAACAAAGUGCUGUCAAUAUCAUGCAGCAAGUCACUAACAAUGGCUGCGCUUGCUUUGGCGAAAAUUACGAGCUUCAUGAUGCCGUGGAUCAGUUUAUCAGCGACGGCUGUUCUGACACCAACAAUUGCAACAACACUGUUGUGCAAAAGUAUGGUUGGCCGAUGGGAUCCUGGUGUGUUUCUUCUGUAACCGACAUGGUAUUCCUAUUCUUGAAUGAAAAUUCAUUCAAUGAUGACAUCUCAUCUUGGGAUGUUUCUUCGGUAACUACCAUGGAUUACAUGUUCUCGCACGCAUCAUCCUUUAACCAAGAUUUGUCGACAUGGGAGGUUUCUUCUGUAACUUCCAUGCGUGGGAUGUUCUGGCUUGCAUCGUCGUUCAAUCAAGACCUAUCAUCUUGGGAUAUCUCUUCUGUCAACAGCAUGGAGUCCAUGUUCCAAACCGCAUCAUCCUUUAAUGGAGACGUGUCAACAUGGAACGUCUCUUCUGUGGCGAACAUGAAUCUAAUGUUCGCUGGAGCAUAUUCAUUCAAUCAAGACUUGUCGUCAUGGGAUGUCUCUUCUGUGACUGACAUGGGUUGGAUGUUCCAAGGUGCAUCAAUCUUCGAUGGCGACUUGUCAUCAUGGGAUGUAUCUUCUGUGACUGACAUGACUUGGAUGUUCGAAGGGGCAUCAUCUUUUAAUGGAGAUUUGUCAUCCUGGGAUGUUUCGAAAGUCACGAAUAUGGAUCUAAUGUUCGCAUACGCAUCAUCCUUCAAUCAAGACCUGUCAUCUUGGGAUAUCUCAAAUGUGACGAGAGCUGGAGCAAUGUUUGAAGGAGAUGGUGCCUUCGACGAAUCGGCCGUGUGCAAUUGGAGUGACGUCUGGAAGAGAGUUUUUAGCUGCGAUGAUGAAAGUGCCAGCCCAACCAAUGCCCCGACAUUGGAUAGUGCAGCAAGUCCAACAAACGGAAGCCCAAAUCCAACCAAUGCCCCGACAUCGGAUAACUCAGCAAGUCCAACAAAUUUUCCGAGUUUGGAUGCAACGCUUUCGCCAACGGUAGACGCAAGUUCUACUUCGAGUUUCAACUCUUUGCACGCCACAAUCCUUUUGCUGGUGGCAGCAAAUUUCCUUUGGAAUUACUAA